AUGCUGAGCAGCAUUUGGUUCCUCAGUGUGUUAACCGUGGCUGGGAUCUUACAGAUAGAGAGCCGCAAAACUGCCAAAGACAUUUGCAAGAUCCGUUGCCUGUGCGAAGAGAAGGAAAAUGUACUGAAUAUUAACUGUGAAAACAAAGGAUUUACAACUGUCAGCUUGCUCCAACCUCCCCAGUAUCGCAUCUAUCAGCUGUUUCUCAACGGAAACCUCUUGACCAGACUGUAUCCAAACGAAUUUGUCAAUUACUCAAAUGCAGUGACUCUUCAUCUAGGUAACAAUGGGUUGCAGGAGAUCCGACCUGGGGCAUUUAGCGGUCUGAAGACUCUGAAGAGACUGCACCUCAAUAACAACAAACUGGAGAUAUUGAGAGAGGACACUUUUCUAGGCCUAGAGAGUCUGGAGUACCUCCAAGCUGAUUACAAUUACAUCAGCACCAUUGAGGCAGGGGCAUUUAGCAAACUGAAUAAGCUCAAAGUGCUCAUCUUGAAUGACAACCUUUUGCUGUCUCUGCCUAGUAAUGUGUUUCGGUUUGUCCUGCUAACUCACUUAGACCUGAGGGGAAACAGGUUGAAAGUAAUGCCUUUUGCUGGUGUCCUUGAACAUAUUGGAGGAAUCAUGGAAAUUCAGCUGGAAGAAAACCCAUGGAAUUGCACCUGUGACCUACUUCCUCUCAAGGCAUGGCUGGACACCAUUACUGUUUUUGUGGGGGAGAUUGUCUGUGAAACUCCUUUCAGGUUACAUGGGAAAGAUGUGACCCAACUGACCAGACAAGACCUCUGUCCCAGAAAAAGUGCAAGUGGUGAUUCUAGUCAGAGGAGCAGUCAUUCAGACACUCAUGUCCAAAGGCUGUCCCCCACAGUGAAUCCUGCUCUUAAUCCAACCAAGGCCCCAAAAGCAAGCCGGCCACCCAAAAUGAGAAAUCGUCCAACUCCACGAGUGACUGUGUCAAAAGACCGGCAGAGCUUUGGCCCGAUCAUGGUGUACCAGACCAAGUCCCCUGUGGCCCUCACCUGUCCCAGCAGCUGUGUGUGUACCUCUCAGAGCUCAGACAAUGGUUUAAAUGUUAACUGCCAAGAAAGGAAGUUCACUAACAUCUCUGACCUGCAGCCCAAACCUACUAGUCCAAAGAAACUCUACCUAACAGGCAACUAUCUCCAAACAAUAUAUAAGAAUGACCUCUUAGAAUACAGUUCACUGGAUUUAUUGCAUUUAGGAAACAACAGAAUUGCAGUCAUUCAGGAAGGUGCCUUUACAAACCUGACCAGUUUACGCAGACUUUAUCUAAAUGGCAAUUACCUUGAAGUGCUGUAUCCUUCUAUGUUUGAUGGACUGCAGAGCUUGCAAUAUCUCUAUUUAGAGUAUAAUGUCAUUAAGGAGAUUAAGCCACUGACCUUUGAUGCUUUAAUUAACCUCCAGCUCCUGUUUCUGAAUAACAACCUGCUGCGGUCCUUACCUGAUAAUAUAUUUGGGGGCACAGCCCUCACCAGGCUGAAUCUGAGAAACAAUCAUUUUUCACACCUGCCUGUGAAAGGGGUUCUGGAUCAGCUUCCUGCUUUUGUUCAGAUAGAUCUUCAAGAGAACCCAUGGGACUGUACCUGUGACAUCAUGGGGCUAAAGGACUGGACUGAACAUGCCAAUUCUCCUGUCAUCAUCAAUGAGGUGACUUGUGAAUCUCCCGCUAAGCAUGCAGGGGAGAUACUGAAAUUCCUGGGAAGGGAGGCUAUUUGUCCAGAUAAUCCUAACUUGUCUGAUGGGACAAUUUUAUCAAUGAAUCACAACACAGACACACCUAAUUCCCUUAGUGUGUCUCCUAGUUCUUACCCUGAACUACACACUGAAGUUCCACUUUCUGUCUUAAUUUUAGGAUUGCUUGUUGUUUUUAUCCUGUCUGUCUGUUUUGGGGCGGGGUUAUUCGUCUUUGUUUUGAAACGUCGAAAGGGAGUGCCAACUGUUCCCAGGAGUGCCAACAAUUUAGAUGUAAGUUCUUUCCAGUUACAAUAUGGGUCUUACAAUACCGAAACAAAUGAUAAAGCUGAUGGUCAUGUCUAUAAUUACAUUCCCCCACCUGUGGGUCAGAUGUGCCAAAACCCCAUCUACAUGCAAAAAGAAGGAGACCCAGUAGCCUAUUACAGAAACCUGCAGGACUUCAGCUAUAGCAACCUGGAGGAGAAAAAAGAAGAGCCAGCAACACUUGCUUACACAAUAAGUGCCACUGAGUUGCUAGAAAAGCAGGCCAUACCAAGAGAGCCUGAGCUGCUGUAUCAGAAUAUUGCUGAGCGAGUUAAGGAACUCCCCAGUGCAGGCCUAGUCCACUAUAACUUUUGUACCUUACCUAAAAGGCAGUUUGCCCCUUCAUAUGAAUCUCGACGCCAAAACCAAGACAGAAUCAAUAAAACCGUUUUAUAUGGGACUCCCAGAAAAUGCUUUGCGGGGCAGUCAAAGCCAGACCACCCUUUACUGCAAGCUAAGCCACAAUCAGAACCAGACUACCUCGAAGUUCUGGAAAAACAAACUGCAAUCAGUCAGCUGUGA